AUGCUUGCUUUUAGAGCCCAGCAUGGACUUUUGAUCUUCAGAUGGUGGAGGCCAUACACUCCUUUAGGAGGACAGGAAGAUACAUCACAAUGUGAGACGAGACUGACGGUAUUCCUGAGCAGCUGUGAGGUGCACCUCUACAACAGGACAUCCCUGUAUGCUCAGCUGGAGAAGGCCUUCGGUCUGCCCCCAGAGAUGGUAUCACGUAGAGAGAGCGAGACCAGAGAAAGUACAGACACUGAUGGGAGAAAUGAGCUACAGAGAAGGCAUGAUGCUGCAGGAAUCUCCUGGAGAGACUUCUUUGGUGUCAUCAAAUUUGAAGUCACCGAUGGUCGGUUUGUGUUUGGCAACAAGCUGGUGCCCAGUGUCCUCAUGCUGAGGAUAGAUGAUUGCCAUGGGAGUUACACCACCCGAGAGCCUGAGUGUCGAUGGGACAGGUUCACCCAUGAGGUCAAAUGCACUGCGGAGCAGCUGAAGGUGGUCCUAGCACCAAGUCCAAAGUAUGAAGGACCCGUCGAUGAGCCUCCAAGAUAUAUGGGAGAGGUUGGCUUUGUAGUGAUGCAGUCGAGUAAAGCUCAGAUACAUUACUAUCAAGAUGAACCAGGCCUUGUACCAACCGAGGAGGAAUUGUUACAAGAAGACGAUGAUGAAUACCAGCCCUCCAAUCCACCGGUCUCCGUACUGGACAUCACCUGUCAGAAGAAAGGAACGCACUUCACCUACGGACCUUGGGCAGACAGGCAAAGGGAGUUUUUGAUGAAGUUCUUCUACCCGCAGCAGUACAACACCCAUCCAGCCACCCCACCUGCUGUCCCUGGAGAUAAGAGGCAGUUUGAAACGCUAGACAUCACCUUGAACAUCGUCGAGGAAGCCACCUUAGAUAUUCUCUUCACCAAGAAUAAGGAGACCAAUGCUUUUCACAUUCACAUGAGGCGUGGUUCCUACGUUGAGAUAUGCAUCCCGCAGCUGAUCGGCAUAGAAGGCUACAACACCAAGAUUGUUGGUCAGCUUCUCCUCUUAGACGCUGAUACUAGUCUGCCCUACAGAUCAUUCAUCAAGAGCGAGACUUUGGAGUUUAAGGUUGAUGUUCAUUACCCUCGUGCUUGGAAUCACCCCCAAAACUGGGAAGUAUCUCUCACGUUCAGCAAAGCAGAUUGGUUCUUCAUCUACGCACACAAGAUCUUUCUUACAGAUAUGAUGUCGGACUGGUCUAGCAAAGGAAGACAGGAUCUGUUUAACUUUGUUCCUUACACUGUACGUCUGAACAUCACCCUUCAUCAGUUUGAGCUGAUGCUACCCGUCAACGAAUACAACUGGGUUGAUUGCUCGUCUCAUGAUGAGGAAAACGUGUGUAUUGGGCUUGUUGGUGAGCAGUUGGAGAUGUCCAUUGUCCUGCCAUUCACAGACUACCUUCCACAGACAGUACCAAUCAGGAUUCUCAUUAAGGCUGAUGCGGUAUCAGGGUACCUGUUUCUCCCAGAUUGUUACACCAGUCAGCACCUGUUUACUACACUGGACAAAGCAUCCAAAGCCUCCUGUAGCUACCUAGAGAACAAGAAGAGUAUGGGACUAGACCGUAGCUACUGGAGACAUAAUACAGAUGACCCCAAAUGGAUUGAGUGCGCCUGUGUCCCCGUCGUAGCCCUCUGCAUCUUCUACACCUACCACCCGUGCCCGCUGGACGAAGACGUCCCCAGGAUCGUGGUCAAGCAGGGUCCAAGGGGCAAGCAGCACUGGUCAUUGGUGCCUCCCCAGACCAGCUACGGCGGCUGGAGGAGGGGGGAGUCCAUGGUGGAUCCCGGAGCCCUGUCGGCCGAUAGCCUCCAGCUGGAGGUGGAUAUCGGUCCCCUCCUCGUCAUGACGUAUGGUCCGUUGAUCAAGAUGAUACCAUCACUGAAGGAGGACUUUCUUGGGCUGAACCAGGACAUAGUGGACUUCAUGUCUCCCUUGAAUCGGAAGGAGAGAGACAAGAAGGAGGAGCCUACCAAGUACGCGGACAGUAGGGUCCUCAACCCGAUGGCUCUAAGACCAUUCAAUAUAACGGUCUCUCUUAACAUCGACGGUAUCAAGGGAUUUCUUCCAAAGUACUGUAGCAAGGCUGAUGUUGGCUGUGCAACGCUAGUGAUGGAGCAGCUGUGCUUUGAGAUGUGCCGAGAGUUCUCACAAACCAAACUUCAGCUUCUCCUCUCACCUAUCCUCCUCAUGGUUACCAACUCGCCUACUCAGGAUGCCACUCCCCCAUCUAACCAACCUGAGCGUGGCCAGAUGGCCCUGUCUGGUCUCCAGCUGCGGUGCCAUGCUAUGUUCUCCAGGGCAGGGAUCCCUCCUGAUAGUGAGACAGUGGAGUAUGCAUGGUUGAUAGAUCUCCAGAUGGGAGCUCUGAGUGGACAACUCACCGUGCCUCAGCUUCUAGCCAUAGCAGAAUCCCUGAGUCUCACCCUCCCUCUCGUCACGGACCCAGUUGACAAGCUUGCCAAGCCAGCUCGACCUCAGAUGUGUGUCCACAUGGUGGACUCUGAACGCUGUGCUGCCAGAGAGGGCGGUAUUUACCCGUCCCCUUGCCCCUCCGAGGAUGACCUGAAGUACAGGGUUGUUAGGGUAGCUGUCAAUGCUGUGCAACUCCAGUUGGUAGAGAGUACCGCUGCUCUAGAAAUUAAGGUGAACCAGAUUCGCUUGGCUACGUGCAAUCUCCACAGUGAAACAGUGGAAAGUGGGCUGACUGCUCUAAUCAACCACAUAGACAUUCAUCAGUACUUAUUGCAAUCAGAUCAUCCAUCCUUUAGAACCCCGUCACGCCGUCCUUUACGUUCUGAACCGCUCCAGAAUUGGCUCGAAGUUGGAGCCAUUAACCUGGGGCCAGUUUGUAUCGACUGCGUAGGUUUCCUGCAGGAGGUCUCUGACUACAGGAUGCAGCACUACUUUCUUAUGAUGCACGAUGAGAGUACCAAGAGGUUGUGGUUUCUGUGGCCUCCAGACAGCAUGGACAGGGUGUACCCUUCGUCGGUCAAGUGUGGUUGCCAGGGUGGCUGUGCGUUCUUUUCGGACAAGCCCUACGGGACGCACUUCUUCAAGGUCGGAAAUGGAACACAUUCACAGAGGAAUUCUUGGAAUGACGAGUUCCAGCAGAAGGAGAGCGAUUACGGCAGGAGUCUCCUCCAAGAAGGGAAGUGGGUGUUCUCUGUCUGUGAUCGCACACCUGCAGACUCUCCAACGAAGGCGUUCAAGUUCACUCCGGGAUGGGUAGGGCUGGCCAGUCCUACUUCCCCUGGAGAUCAGUUUUGGGCAAAUGAGGAAAAGGCAGGAGUAGAAUCUGAACAGCCAUCGGAAGCUAAGAAGGAGCAGUCACAGAGUGAGUCAAGCCAGCAGUCAUCGACCGUAGGCAUCCUGAGAAGAGAAUCUCAAAGGUCACAACUGUCUCAUGUGUCCCAACAGUCAGAUAGUGUCGGCAGUGCUGUCCGGAGCAGUGUCUGCUCAGACCCCACCUCACAUCAGCAUUUCGAUUCCUCCAGUACAAUCAGCUCGAACCCAGCUCCCGGAGAUUCACAGCUUGUGGGUAGUUCUCAUAGUCUUCCUGUAGAUUCACAACAGCAACAGUCACGAGCUCCAACUUCUCAAAACUACAGUUCAGAUACAAUUCCAAAAACUAACAAAGCCAUGCAUUUCGAACAGUUUCCUCCUAAACAAGACAGGACGCGAGCCAGCUCCAUUGACUCUCCCACCAGUGGUGCUGACAGUGAGUACUUCUCUGCGGGAGAGGAUCCUUCUUUGACAGCUGCCAUUCACACCAGUACCUCCUCAACAAGCAUUCCUUCAACUGUCCAUCCUCCAACUGAUUCAGGCUCCUCCCUUUCAGAAUUCAAAGUCCAGUCCACCGUUUCCAGUUCGGACCACCAAAGUCCAGAGAACAUGGAAUCUGCUACCUCAACUGAAUCCUUUGUCUCAGCAGCGUCAUCUGAAGAUACCCUGAUCAGGAUGCAAGAUGAGCAGGAUGCAACCAUGAAACGCAAGGAUUCUGAGAACCAUUCUCCAUACUCUCCUUUCCUGACGAGGGUCACCAGCCACCGUUGGUCGGUGCCCCUCAGUCUGGAGAGCUGGAAGCAGUAUGUGAACUUUGACCCAGUGGACAUGACACCUUCAACAAGCUCUCUCUACCAAGCAUCCAUACAGAUGAUGGGGUUUGUGAAGAAGCAGCAGGGUGUGAGUCCAGAGAUCAUCACAGCAGUCGAUUCGGACGUCCCCUCAUCUGACAGUGAAGGAGUCAGUGACCAUUCCAGUGUACGGUAUGCUAGUGACCACAGGGAUGCUAGCCUGCAGGACCUGCAUGAAAGACUCUUUGUAGAACCUUCACAUACAACAUCUUCAGCGAUCAAGCUGGAGCCAUCAUCAGGAACGUCAGUCUUUGCUGAGAUCCAGGGACCUGUCAAUGUUCUCAUGACUCCUCUGCUUCUGGUUGCCAUCAACAGGUAUGUGGACGCUGCCAAGACCAUUACCACCAGCCAGCAUCCCGCUGCCCUCCUGUCGUCUCUCCAUCACUCCUGCAUCGCUGACGUGGAGUCACUCUUCCUCCGUGGACUGCUGCCUGAAGGCGGGAGCAGCUCCAGUCUGACUAGGCAGCAGCAGCAGCAAGCUUUCUCCAACUUCAACAACAAUGCAGACCCUGAGGAGAGAGAGGACAGCAUCAAGACGGUCACCAUGACUGUCAAACUACCAAAAGUCAAUUUGUGUGUCCUACAAGUUCCUGAAGACGGUGUCGGUGUUCCAAGUCUGACUAGCAACAAUGCUUCCUUGCUGAUUGCUCAACUUGGUUCCUCUGAAGCAAACCUGUGGAUAAAGCAGAUUAACCGCAGUAUAAAGGGAGAGAGCCAGAGCGGCAGUGACAAGAAAGCCCCUCAGGACACCCAGGCAGCUGUAGCAAUGGGCGCUGCAGAACAAAGCGACCCGACGGUGGUCACCCUGAUCAAGUUCUUUAAGCUUCACGCCCAGCUGCGACGGCUUGCCAAACCAGGGAUCAAGACCAUGGAGAGUCCUACAGCCAUUCCAGAGCAGUACACUCAGGUACAGUUCACCUUAUCCUCAAAGGUUCCUCCCAGUAGCAGCGCAGAUGAAGCAGACUCCAGGUACGCCUCUCUCCCAAGGAAACGCAGGUUGUCCGUCCACAUGCCAAAAUCUUGGAUCAUGGCAGAGAGCGGGAUGGAGGAGAUAUCGAUCAAAUUGGGCCGACAGGGGGGUGACAUCCCCCUCCCCAAGAUCAAGUUUGCUGGAGAUAGCAAAAAAUCUGAGAAAAGGACAGACAAAAAAGACUCGGGAUCAACCAGCAAGAAGAGGACGGAUUCAACUUCGUCUGCCAGGGAAGGCAGCGGGAAGCGGAAGAGGAGGGACCGUUUCAGCUCUGGUGGCAGUAGCCUCGAGAAGCCAUCUGAUACCAAAGAAAGAGGCUUGGACUUAUGUAUUCAUAUCAGUAGCUUCUGGUCUCACUUGCCUACCCCACCUCAACCAAAGAAGGAAUCAUUUGUGCAAGGCACUGAUACAAACCUGCUGACCACUGCAUCGCCAGCCCUUGACGAAUGGCUGAGGGCCAUGUCAGGACUGACCACAUCAGCUGGAGACAUUAUGGAUGCCAGACACUUCCGUAGCUGCGCAAUAAUGGCUUGCAUCAUGGCUGAGGCUCAUGACGACCUAGAUAAUCAUCAACCUCUGCCUAAGAAGAAGCAAACGAGAUGGGCAGCCAUUUCUGAUGCCAUGCUGAAGGACCUGUCCUGCCAGCUUAUGGGUAUCUUGUGGAGAUACCUUGCAUCAGCCAACUGGCAGAAGAUUGAGGAUAUAGUCUCUGGAGAGGAUCUUCCUGCCCUGUCAUCAUUGGAGAGUGGCACCAACACCCUGAUCAGGCAGUGGAAGGUCACACUCUCCUUGAUCAACCCUCAGAUCAAUGUGGCACGCUUCCCGCAGCAGGUGACUGUUUACAAGUCCCCGGAAGAGCGUGGACUCGUGAUGGAGGAUGAGAUGUGGUCACCCCGGCAGAUUAGUGAGGACCCGAUGUCCGACAUGCCUCCAUCUACAGCACAUACCGGAGACAGUGAGUUGAUGGAUCCCUUGACAUUGUCCUUGUAUUCAGAUCGUAUUGGUGUCGGCCUUCAGAAAAGCAUCUACGCUGAGUUUUCCGGAAGAGUCCAGCCUUCUGGAACAGAUUGGCUAAAAGAGUUGUCUAACAGGCAGAGGGAAAGAAGUGGGGAUACUGCAACACGUUACAGGUCCUUGACAAAUACCAGUACUGCUGGUUCCGCUUCAGGGACUUCAGCCAAGAAGUGGAAAGGAGGCUACAAGACAUUGGAUGAAGAGGACAAACAUGACACCUUUAGUCCAUCUUCGAGUAUGUGCAGUGAUGAGAUUACAGACAAUCUGGACAAAUCAAAUCCGCGGUUGAUUGAUGAUGAUGUGGAAUUCGAUGGUUGCAGUCCCGUUGGCAAUUUAGACAUUGAUUUGGAGAGCGGCACUGCUUUCCAAAGUCCUGGGGCAACUGAAGAGCAGAAAAGUCCUGUACUCACUCCAACCGUCCAAAGGUUUGGUGAUGCUGACACCCUCUUCAGGCCACUGCUGUCCAAUCUUGGACUCCACAAGAAGAAUUCCUCACAGCCCCUGGCCAAGUUGAUCCAGUCUGUUGGUCGGGUAUCAUUCCAGUUCAAGCUUGACCAGUUCAGGGUUGUCAUCACCAAGUCCAGUUCCAAGCACCUUCGGAGGCACUCCCAGCAUGCAGAGAGCACCCGCACCCCUCGCACUGCGGACACUCCUGCCUUCCUUUGUGAGAAGAUCCAUAUCCGUGCCAUGGUGAGGGAGACUGUUCCCUCAGAGAAGAGUGAAUCUCUGUUCAAAGCAACCAGUACUACAUUCUUCAGUGGCAGCAGCAGCAUCGAGAUCUGCUGUGACAUCCAUGUGGGAUCUGUUGUUCAGGUCGUCAACAUGGCUAUCUUGAGGCUCUUAAGUCAAGUCAUUCAGAUGGUGGAGAACUUCCAGCAUGCAAAGACAGACCUCAAACUCAAACAGUAUGUAUCAAGCAUGCCCCAAGGGGAGGGAAGCGUCGCUGACCUACGUGUCAGAGCCGCCAAUAGCAGACACACCAGGAACCCGUCCCAUCGAAGCAACAAGGUGUUCACACCGCCAAACAUGGACACUCUCGGCAGGACACGCCAGAGCUCCCAGCGUAGCAGGAACCUCAAGUUCAAGGAGCAGGAAACAGCCAGUCUGUACUCAACGGCGGAAUCCUUUGACUCGCACGCAGAGAGCGACAGCAUCCCGAAGUGUUGGCAGACCAUGUACCAUCUGAUCAAUCUUUACUCUGGUGUGAAUGAACCGGUCAAUGUUGCCACCACCCAUGUGUUUGUGAACCCUCUCUUCAGUGCCAAAGGGCAUGAGAGAGGUGGGGGUAUGAUGGAGGGAGUGGCAGAUCUCGGACUUGGCAUGCCACAAGAUAGAGACGCUUUAGCUCUUGGUGGCUUGGAAGACCUUGAUGGGAACACUGAGGAGGCUACCCAGCCCAGACCUGACAUUGAGGGUCUAGAGGUCUCCCUGAUUGGAACUAUCCUUGUGGAUGAGGUUUGUCUUCUGGCCCAGUUAGCUGGACUUCAUCUCGAGGCUGAUACUACCUACAUCACCGGUAGCUUUUCGCUCCAGCAGACACUACCCAUGCAAGGGUACGUACCAGCUGCGUUAUGGAGGAAAUUCCCAUCCAUAGGAGCAUCGCUUCAGACAACAGCUGUCACACUGGAACUAUCCGAGAAGGCCAAGAAGGAUUUCUACACCAUUGCCAGCUUGACCAUCGACAAGCCUCAGUCCACCGUCUCCCUGUCUGGUAGUCUUGACCAUCAGAACCAGGUCUCUCUGGCCACUGGAGUGGACAUGGUCAAUCUGACCGUCCCAAUGAACCUGUCCGUACUGAGUGCCGUGGUGUCGAGGAGCAGCAAGAAACUGGCCCAGAGAAUUCACCAACUCAAACAGACUCAGAAGAGCUACAGAUCGACCCAGGAAGAAGUCGUAAUAGCUGCAGCGCCCUCUAAGCCCAGUCUGACAGGAAGCAAAAUGGACGAGACAUGGCCGCCAGACAGGGCGGAGGCACGAUGGACCCUUAACGGAGUCACAAGAGUGAAGACAGUGGUUCUCCAAGCUUCGGUUCUCCCUCAGCUACAAGCCCAGUAUACGAUUGAUGGAACGUCAGGGACCGCAUCAUGGGGUGAGGAAGGAACAUUUGCAGCUGAUAUCACUGAGCAUUCCUUCAAGUUCAUAUCAACAGUCCCUGCAGAGUUUGGUGCCCCUGCCAAAAUCACCUUUCCCGGGAUCCAUGUCAAAGGUCGGUACGGCCUCUAUGAUGCUCAGAAUGAGAGCAGUUCAACCACGACCACCACCGCUAGCUCAAGACAGGGGAGUAACAAUAUUCUGGAAGCCGUAACAGAGAUACAAGCUUUCCAGCAUACCCUUUCACCGGAUCUUGUCAACCAUCUCAUCACUGUUCAGAAAGUCAUUCUCAAGGAAUUGAACAACAUGGUUCGAGGUAUCCAGCAGACUCACUGGCCGGUCUCAGAAUCAUCCAAGACAAAGCUUCCACCCUCUACACCUACAGUAGAGAGACUCACAUACAGCAUGCAACUUAGGUUGGAGGGUAUCCAAGUGACAGCCACCAGUCCUACAGCCAGUGCAGUCAGGUUUGAGACAGGGGUGGUGGAGCUUGAACUCUCAAACAGGCCGCAUACAGAAACAGACUCGGGUGAAGAAGAAGUCAAUCCAGGCCAUGGAAUGAGGAUGUUUGCCAAGGCUCUCAUCGAGUUCAACCUCAGCCUCGGUACCCUGGUCAAGAACCCGGUCUUUAUCGAGGCUGAACCAGAGUUCCAUGAGAUGGCCUACUUCAAGACCAAGAUAGGACUCCGCAAUACUGUCAAGGAUAUCAAUGAUGAUCUAACGGAAGGAAAGGACACACUGCUGAUCACUCUAAAUAGACCAACCCUCUUUGUACAGUCCAGUGCAGCGGACAGAGCGGUGCUUCUAUGGCUGAGUUACACGUCGUCCUACGACCAGUGGGUGGAGCAGUGGAAGACGAUGGCGCAGGACGACAACAUCCAGGGCGUGGUCCAGGAUGCCCCCCGGUUGCCCCUCAUCAGGAACCAGGAGGGGGCAGACUCCACCCUCUUCUUGCAGCUAACGGUGCAGGAGCUGGGCAUCUGCAUCCCGAUCCUGCCUUCAGUUCAGAACCUUGGAGUGAGUGGGACAAGAGCAGACAUUGACUGCCACUCUGCGUUGGUACUGACCCUUGAGAGUUCCUUGAUCAGCGCAUGCUACAGCAACUCCCUGGCCACCAAAGGCUCAUUUCAUACCAUCUGCCUCAGGUUCACUGAAGAUUUCCAGAUGGCCAUGGAUGACUGGAGACCAUCAUCCUAUGAUCAUAUCAUGAAUUCAUGUGUCAUUCCUCAAGGAACAUAUGAAGUGUGCUCAAGUGCCAACAGCAACCAGGCUAAAGAUUUCCACCGAGUCACCAUCGGUCAGUGGCGGCUCAACUUCAAGUGGCGGAUGGAAGGCAUCGACGUCCAGUUUGAUCCCUCCAUCGGUCAUCAGCUGACCGCUCUGGCCAACACUCUGACCUCAUUGACCGGGGCUGAUGAUGACAUUGCUGACCUGACAUCCGUCAGUGAACAGCAAGAAGUCAGCUCCAAUGAUGUACUGUCUGAUCAGGAAGUAACCCCUCUGAAGAGACCGACAUCGCUGAAGGUGGAUCGUAACGAUGACAGACGGAAAUCAAAGGCCAUCAUGCAGGAGAUCAAUGAACAGGCCAAGGUGGUCAGCGAUCUCAGGACAUUGGGGGCCAAAAGUGGCACCAUUGCAGAGGAGGCUGAUAAGCUCAGACAGAUGGAGACUGCAGUCUUCAAAGAUUUCAGGAGGGACAUCAGGAAGAAACUCAAGGCUCAGGGCAUGAAAGUUUCAGGAAGAGAUAAAUCGUCUCGUAGAAAGAGUACGAAGCCACAGGGUAACCCCUUGGUACGCUCUCAAAAGGAAAGGCAUGCUUCCUACGUCAGGCAAUCAACGUUUCCUAUGACACCCUAUGACAAAGACUACCAGCACCAUCAGAGCAGCAUUUAUGACACGCCUUCCUCCAUGAAGACACCCAAGAAUGCCCGCUCCACCCUGUACCCCGACCCGCCAUCCAGGGUGUCGUUCGUCCUUCCCCUCCACACCCCUUCACCGACCACGCCCGAAGCCUCCCCCAUGGGCUGGACCACCGAUGUCCGGCAGGGACCCAUGUCUCGUCUGGGCCUUGGUAUGGAUUCUGGCCUGACCCCACUGGACCUGAACUCCACCAUAGGUGAUCCUACGAGAAUACAGGAGGAGAUCCGGCAGAGCAGGAAGAGCAUUCGGAGACGCCUGACCCUGCAUUCCACUCCCAUGACCAGUAACCUUGAUGGCAGUGACACGGAAGAAGAAGAGGAGGAGGAAGAAGAGGAAGAAAAGGAAAGGUACAGCGGUCAAUCAGCCAUGGAUGACGUGGAUGGAAGCCAUUCCAGCACGCUACUCGGAAAAGAUGGAACAGCCCCCUCUACAGUUCUGAGUCGGUCUAGUGCAGCCAGGGACCGCACCAGCAACGCCACUUCCCCUGCAAGGUCUGUGGCGCCCGAACCGGAGCUACAGCUUCACCUGGACGUGAGCAUCUUCAUAGACAGCGGCAAGCUGACCCUGCACUGUCACAGGCCUGGCCCACCUGCAGCCCCCAACGAUCAUCUUUUGCCAGAUGCUUUGAAACAAGAAUCCAGAAGACCCUGGAACUCCACCGAGUCGUCUCCAUCCCGGAAACCCGGGGUCAAAUCUCAGCUCUCCUCUGCAUCGUCCUCGUCAACGUCGGGAAUGAAGCUGAAAGGCAGUACGCUGCCCUCUAUGUUGUCGUCUCAGGGCUUUGCCCUCUUCAACCUACCAGCGGUUGAUGUCAAGGUUGAGUACCAGUCGGAGCCAGAUAGCAAGCAAGACACCAACACCGAUACAGCAAGUACAUCAAUGCAGUCAUCUCCUCGUCUAUCCACGACCGAAGGAGCGUCGGAGAAGAAGAAUGGGGCCAGAAGAGGCUGCUUGUUCUGUUGGGCCAGGUUACUCACUCCAGCUGAGGAAAUUGUUGUGACCACAAGCCUCCUUGAUUUCUUGGAGCAAGCCCUGGAGACAAUUCCAUCUAAUAUUGGCAUGAUGCUAACCAGUCCAUCGUCAGAAAACCUUGAUGCAAACCCACCCAACCUCGAGGCAUCCGCCAACUCCUUAGUGUCAUCCUCCUCCUUGGAUUACACCACCUUCCCUGUGGAUGUGGUGGUCUACGUCUGCAUGGAUCCGUCCCUCGUCCAUCUCAGCUGCCUACCGGCCUCCAAGGUGGAAUGUCUUCUUCAGCUCCCCUGCGUCGAGUUUGCCUUCUCGUCCAGGGGAGGGCAGCAGACGUCGGGAUUGUCGGGCGACACGACCGGAGGUGAUCGGAGUGGGACGGACUUCCAGGAUGCCAGGGAUGAUCUGACAGCCUCGAGACUGUCCUUCAGCCGAUGUCGAAGUCGCCACCUCUCCGGUGAAGAGAUCCGGGAGGAAGCCAACAAGGCCGAUAUGAGUCUCUCUGCCGUCCUUUCCAACUUUUCGUUGGUCAUCUUCCAUCCCUACGGCGGCGGUCAGUUCAGGAGGGAUGGAGGCAAGCUCGUGGAGGAGAUGCUCUCUAACAUGAGCCUCUCUGGGGACACACAUGACGACACAUCCAAACUGUCAUCGGGAAGCACCCGCAAGGACGCCCUCUCUCUUGAGGUGACCUUCGUCAGGGUCAACGUCUCCAGGAAGCGUCACAAGCUGCGACCAACCGUUGCCGGUGACCAGACUGUGGUGCCGGGGGCAGAAGAGGGUCGAAGGUUGGGGGAGUCCCUGAGGUCAGACAGCACAUCCCUGUCAUCAGCGACCAUCACAGGCUCAAGAAAUGCAGCCACGUUGAACAAGUUUUCAAUAAUGUGUGAUGUUGGCUCGGCAACAUUUCGCUACGACAUGAGGCGCCUCACCGAGGUCCUUGCAUUCCCCAAGGCAUGGUAUCGUAAGUCCAUCGUGCAGAGGUUGUUCUUCGGAGAAGAGGAGCAGGAGGAUGAGAUGUCAACGCCUGAGGAUGAAGCUACAUCAACAAUUCUGUCCAGCGAUACAUCAACCGACUCCGAAGACAGCUUCACUGACCUUCCUCCCCGUCGCUACCAACGGAAACGCACCCCAACCUCUACCGCCAGCAGCAUGACCGGCACCCCUUCUUCCACCGCACCCUCUGUGACGGCCACCGAUGACCCCUCUCCCUCUCCUACCUCACCAGGCUCCAAAGGGAGUAGAGAGAAGUUCCCCUAUAACCCUCCGUCCCCGAGCCUCUUCAGUAUCUAUUCUCAGCUGCCGAGCCCCUCCUCCCCCACGCUGUCUCAGUCGGGUACCCCGCUGAUGGGUGGGACACCGCCCCCUAGGAGUAGCCCUGAUCUCAGGAGAAUGGUUACAGAAAAGAGAUUAUCCAAAGAGGAGACCACCAGCCAAUCAUCGGAGCCGUCCGGAUCGGAACACAGCCAUUCCCAGGCGACCUGUAGCAGUUCAGGAUCCGUGGUCUCUGGACCUUCCUGGAAGACUGUUCUUCUCCUGGCUAUCAACUUCACCAAGGUCGACACUCACAUGAACAUGAGCAAUGUCAUGGGAAGCACAUUGUGGUCAACUGAAGAUCUCCGAUGUCAAACCCACUUGACCAUCGACAGUACUGGUCAUCGGGUCUUCAAGAUCACCACCGGUCUGAAGAAAUCCAGUCUUGAGGCUAAAGGAGGGGUGAUCGGUGGACUUCUUGAGGUCUCCAAACUCAGUUGUACCAGUAGUCAAGUCAAGAUCCCUGGCAAGGAGCCUCACCACGAUCUACAGCUCCAGCUGGAGAGCCUGGAGUCCAGGAUCGACUACAUGGGAUCCAGCAGUCUCUUGGCUAGGCUUACACUGAUGGAGAUCGCGUGCGAGGAUGAAUGGAAAUUCAGGGCCAAUUCUGAUCCAAAAGUCAAGUACCACACCGUGGAGAGUGUCCACGCCAACUCCGUCAUCACCUGGGACAUCCUGCAGCUGAUGAUCUGCCGCUCCACAACCCCCGACAUGCUCCGGAUCGCAGUCCGUCUGGAGGAGUUCUUCACCCAACAGUUCGCCUCCAGCAGGAGGAUGCUGUCAUCCUGGGAUCCCAUCGCCACGGCAGCGAGUCACCUCGCUGCAGCUCGCAAGGCUUCCAUCAGUACAGCGCCGAUAGAUGAGAUCGACGGAGGCGGUUAUAAAGGUUCGAAGACCGAUGCUGCAGAGGAACCAAAGGAACACCAGCACUGGCAGAGUGUCUUUGACUUCCUCAUCCAGACCUUCCACAAGGCCCACAAGAACCAGCCGCGCCCUGAGGGCAUGCGUCUCGGGGGACAGGUCACCCUCCAGGGACGGCAGGCCCUCCUGGCUUGCUUCCACGGGCUCAACUUCCGCUCCAACUCCUGGGCGCUCUUCACCAUGCGGGAACCCAAGGUGGAGUUUGAGACGGAAGCUCUUCAGGUGCCUUCCUCAGAACACUGUGGGGAAGACACGUUGGUCUUACAGGACCUUCUAUUCAGCCUCGGUCACAACCAAACCCAGAGAGAACAGGGCUGGCUGGCUACCAUACUCAGGGUGUCCAAGAAUGACAAGAGCCAUUUCCCGUUCACUGGUUCCAUGCUAGAGGCAUUCCAGUAUGUCAGCUCUAUCAGUACUCCAGAAGAAUUUGAGCAGUACUUCCAGUAUGGAGACCUGCCUAGUCAGAGAAGAGGUACACUGAGACAUGAAGCAGAUCCUAUCUUCGCCCUUCCCAAACUUCAACUGGAGAUGAAAUCCAAGCAACUCCAGAAACUUAAGAAUCAAAGGCCUGGGAUACCAUCUUCAAUACCACCAGAGGUCCAGGUGACCUUUGUGACCCUCUUCACGGAUCACAUCAAUGUCUCCAUGGACUUUGAACUGAUCCUCUUCCUACAUGACAUGGUCCUGAACUAUAUCAAUUAUAAACAGAAAGGUAAGAUCCUGUCUGGUGUGUUUGGGUAGUGGUCCAGCGAUCAGAGAAAAGGAAGCUGAAAAAGAGAGUUUUCAGCAACCAUUUUGCGAAAUUUUGAUAAUAUACUCGUGAGCAGUUAGGCUUACAGAAAGAAGAUUCCAGUUGCAGAAAAGUGAAAUCCAUUCUGAAGAUUGAGGUUUGAAUAGGAGAGACACAGGGGAAAGGAUGGAUAGAAAGGAUAAUGGGGAGGGGGGAGCAGUGAAUAAAUAAAAGUAUGGUAAACAUGGGAAGAGCAUGAAAGG